CUCUGACCUCCACAUGUGUGCUGAGGCACAUGUCUGAACUUAGAACACAUCACACACAUAUUCACAGUAAUAAAAGUAAAAUUGUGCACACUUGUGUGUGUGCAUAUGUGUGGUAAGAGAGACAGCAAGUGAGCGCUGGGCAUGGUGGCUCACCUGUAAUCUCCGCACUUGGGAGGUGGAGGCAAUAGGACCAGGAAUUCAAGAUCAUCCUUAGCUUAAGUCCAAACCUCUCCUGGGGUACAUGAGGCCCUGUCUUACUCAAGGGGGGGAAUCAGUUUAAAAGUAUAUAUUAUAACCUGAUCAAACUGAUACAGUAUUUGAGCUGGUUUAUGAGAGGCAUUUUUAUGUGCUAUUGUAAUUUUGCUUAAUCCUUAUUCAUAAAGUUAAGUGAGAUUAUAGCAGGAAACCGGGAAACAUCUUUGAAUAUUUCUGAGUUUUCCUCAGAACUUGAGUUUUAGAGAAAAACCUAUUUUAUUAUUUUCUUGGUUUCUACCUGGUUUCUGUAGAAUAUAUAAAACCACCUGGUAACCAGGAAAGCAAUACUGAUUCUACUUUAAUAGAAUUAGCUUAACUACAGAAGUAAAAUGAAUAACCCCAAGAAAUCCCUGAUGUCAUUUGUGUGAGCACUUCUUAUUAGAUAGUGAAUAGAAAUCUUACAUCCAUAUAAACCACAGAUCUGUGUAGUAUUAAAUAAUUUACCUGUUCACUGUGGGAUACCCUUGUGCGUAAGAGACUAUUCCUUUUUCUUAUCAUUGGUGUUUUCGGCAAAGGACAGGGUGACAUGAAGACAUCCUGUCCACUUUUAGGAUGAGAGCCUUCAUCUACCUGCCUGCAUUUUUAUAAUCUCCGUCACUUAAAUAACGCAUACCUCUGUUUUGGUUUUAGGUGGCUGUUGUGGGCUUUAUUUCUGUAGGGAUGAGUGUUAAAAUCAAAGGUGGAAAUAAUGGUAAAUCUAAAACAUCCUGUUUUCCCUCCCCCACCCUUACCUUUAGGACUGUUUAUGUACGUCUGAGCAUAUGCACACUUGGCUAGUGCUUUUACUGCUGGCCUAUCUUUAGCCUCCAUCCCCCAUUUUAUUAUUACUACUAUUACCAAGAGGGAGUCAUGUGUGCUACAAUGUCUGUUUGAAGGUCAGAGGACAACUUUGUGGGUUCUGGGAUUGACUCUGGUUACAUGGCUUGCUGGACAACUGCCUUUACCCACUGUGCCAUAUUGCUUGCCAUCUGUUCCCCACUUUUACCCCGUCUCAAGACAAAGGAAAAUCAUAAAGGAUAGUAAGUUAAUGAUUUUCUUUCUUGCUGCACUCCCCCCUCCACACACCCCCUGGGUCUGACUAACAUGGAAUUCACUGUAUUGAUCCUCCUCCUUCAGCCUGCAAGAGCAAAGAUUACAGGCAGAAACCACGACGCCCAGCUAAAAAUCCUAAGGGUGGAAUGAUAUGUGAUUUGAGUGUACCACGCAUUGUUUCCCAUCCACCCACUGAUGGACACUUGGGUAGCUCCCAUCUUUCGGCUGUUGUGAAUGAUGCUCCUAUGAACAUGGGUGUAUGCAUAGCUCUAUGAGACCCUGCUUUCAGUUUUUCUGGCAGUAGAUCUUCAUGGAGGACCACGGAGUGACCCAAACUGAACACAUGGCUACCAUAGAAGCCCAUGCAGUGGCUCAGCAAGUCCAGCAGGUCCAUGUAGCCACAUACACCGAGCACAGUAUGCUCAGUGCUGAUGAAGACUCCCCUUCCUCCCCUGAGGACACUUCUUACGAUGACUCGGAUAUCCUCAACUCCACGGCAGCGGAUGAGGUAACUGCCCACCUGGCCGCCGCAGUGCUGGGGAUCAAACCCAGGGCCUCGCAUAUACUAGGUCCUGUGGGAAUGGCUGCUGCUGCUGCUGUGGCAACCGGGAAAAAACGGAAACGUCCUCAUGUGUUUGAGUCUAAUCCGUCUAUCCGGAAGAGACAGCAGACACGUUUGCUUCGGAAGCUGAGAGCCACGUUAGAUGAAUAUACUACUCGAGUGGGACAGCAAGCUAUCGUUCUCUGUAUCUCACCCUCCAAACCCAACCCCGUCUUUAAGGUGUUUGGAGCGGCACCUCUGGAGAACGUGGUGCGAAAGUACAAGAGCAUGAUCCUGGAAGACUUGGAGUCUGCUCUGGCAGAACACGCCCCUGCGCCACAGGAGGUUAAUUCAGAGCUGCCACCUCUCACCAUAGACGGGAUUCCUGUCUCUGUGGACAAAAUGACCCAGGCUCAGCUCCGGGCAUUUAUCCCAGAGAUGCUCAAGUAUUCCACAGGUCGGGGAAAACCAGGCUGGGGAAAAGAAAGCUGCAAACCUAUCUGGUGGCCAGAAGACAUCCCAUGGGCCAAUGUCCGCAGUGAUGUCCGCACAGAAGAGCAAAAACAGAGGGUUUCAUGGACCCAGGCAUUACGGACCAUAGUUAAAAAUUGUUAUAAGCAACAUGGACGGGAAGAUCUUUUAUAUGCUUUUGAAGAUCAGCAAACACAAACACAGGCCACCACCACACAUAGUAUAGCUCACCUCGUACCAUCACAGACCGUAGUACAAACCUUCAGUAACCCUGAUGGCACCGUGUCGCUCAUCCAGGUGGGUACGGGGGCAACAGUCGCUACAUUGGCCGAUGCUUCAGAACUGCCAACCACAGUCACUGUUGCCCAAGUGAAUUAUUCUGCUGUGGCUGAUGGAGAGGUGGAACAAAAUUGGGCCACGUUACAGGGAGGUGAAAUGACCAUCCAGACAACACAAGCAUCAGAGGCCACUCAGGCGGUGGCAUCACUGGCAGAGGCCGCAGUGGCAGCUUCUCAGGAAAUGCAACAGGGAGCUACUGUCACCAUGGCGCUCAACAGUGAAGCUGCCGCCCAUGCUGUUGCCACACUGGCUGAAGCCACCUUACAAGGCGGGGGACAGAUAGUCCUGUCUGGAGAAACUGCAGCAGCCGUUGGAGCACUUACUGGAGUCCAAGAUGCUAAUGGCCCAGAUGACGUGCAUGCAUGGACCAUCAGGAAAGCCGUGAAGGCUCCUCGGGCUGCAGGAAAGAUUCACACAGAUUUUGGAAAGGGAUUCAUUAUGGCGGAAGUAAUGAAAGACGAAGAUCUUAAAGAGGAAAGUUCUGACAAUGCAGCUAUGGCUGCUGGGAAGUACAGACAACAAGGCAGAACUUACGUUGUUGAAGAUGGAGAUAUUAUCUUCUUCAAAUUUAAUUCGCCUCAGCACCUGAAAAAGAAAUAAACUUUAGCUCUUUAGCAUAUGUAUGGUUUUGGUUUUGACUUCGGGGUAGUUUUGUUUUUAGCUCAAGUGUCUGACACCUGAAGGCACAUAGUUGCCGUGGGACUCUUGUAAUCUUGUAAAAAUUGUUACAUUAAAAUAGAAGUUGAGUUCUGGUUUCCUUUUGGAAGGAGAGUUUGGUUGGAGUGGACACAACAGUCAGGAGUGCUCACUGUCCUAACGAAGAACCCAUGAGCAUCAGUGGGUCUGGUCCAAGGGACCUAGCACCCUCUUCUGGCUUCUGGGGGUACCUCACACUUGCCAUUUGCUUACACGGAUGCAUAUAGACACACAAGUUAAUAAAAACAUUUUU